AUGUGGCCCUUGACUCUGGGUGUUCUGGCCCUCCAGGCGUCCGGCGUCCUGGCCGGUCCGGUUUCGCGCUCGACCGAGGCCGCCUUGAGCCCCAACAAUCCCGAAGAGCUCCAAAAGCUGGCCGACCUGGCUCGGUCUGCUUUUGACGAGACCAAGUCACAGGCGGUGGGAGGCGGUGAGGUCCAGAAGCGCGGCAGUUCCUGCGCCUGGCACAACGUCCGCGUUCGAAAGGAAUGGGGAACCCUCAGCAGACUCGAGAGGCUCGACUACAUCAAGGCGGUCAAAUGCCUCCAGUCCCGGCCCGCCCGAACCCCGUCCUCGGAGGCGCCUGGCGCGAGGUCCAGGUUCGAUGAUUUCGUGGCAACGCACAUCAACCAGACAUUCACUGUUCACUACACCGGCAACUUCUUGUCGUGGCACCGAUACUUCCUCUGGCAGUACGAAGAGGCCCUGCGCAACGAGUGCGGCUACCAGGGCACCCAGCCCUACUGGGACUGGUCAAAGACAGCCAUCACCGGCAUGGAGAAGUCCCCCAUCUUCGAUGGAAGCGACACGUCCAUCUCCGGCAACGGCGAGUUCAUCCCCGGGCGACCGCCGAUCAUCCUCACGGGGCAGGCCGACCUCCCCUCCAUCACGCUUCCCAUCGGCACCGGCGGCGGGUGCGUCACCUCCGGGCCGUUCCGAGACAUGAGCGUCAACCUCGGCCCCGCCGCCCUCGACUUGCCCGGGGGCGUCUCCGAGUCCAACCCCGAGGGCCCGCUCGCCUACAACCCGCGCUGCCUCAAGCGCGACCUGACGACCGAGAUCAACCGCGCCUUCGCCAACGCCACCGCCGUGCUGUCCAACAUUCUCCGGCCCCAGAACGUGUACGACUUCCAGAUGCAGAUGCAGGGUGUCCCCGGUACCGGCAACAUUGGCAUCCACGGCGGCGGCCAUUACUCCCUUGGCGGAGACCCUGGAAGAGACGUCUUCACCUCGCCGGGCGACCCGGCCUUCUAUCUCCACCACGCAAUGAUCGACCGGGUGUGGUGGAUGUGGCAGAUGCUGUCGCCCCGCGAGCGGCAGUACGGCGAGACCGCGCUGGGCGGGACGAACACGUUCCUGGACCAGCCCCCCAGCGCCAACACGACCAUGGACGAUUACCUCGAGUACGGAUACGUCGGCGGGGAGCCCCUCAGGAUCCGGGACGCCAUGAGCACCGUCGCCGGCCCGUUUUGCUUCGUGUAUCUUUGA